AUGGUCAAAAAAGAAGAGGAUGGUGAAGGGACGGGUGAAGAAGUGAGACCAUUGGAGAGAUUGUUGCGAGUCGCCGAUUUGUUGAGAUACGAGGACAAGUUCCGAAACGUGCUCAAGCUCCGUCACGCCGGUGAUCUGCAAUAUGUUGAUGAAGUGGAUUUGAGUGGAAUCGGAAUGAGCCGCCCCGAGCAGAAACGCCUCCGCCAAGAGUACCAGAAAAUGUUCCCGAAAAUUGGGGUUUUUGGGAAAUUGAAAAAAGCUUUCACCAAAAACGAGAACGGCACCGGGGCAUCGAAUUUUCGAGAUGACGCGAAAAACGAGCAACAUGUGAUUCCAUUGGAAAAGAUAACACUUACAAAAGAGCUCGGGAAAGGUGAGUUCGGUGCUGUCUGGCAAGCCUCGUGGAAUAAUGGGCCGGCGGAAAAGGACACGGUACAGGUGGCUGUCAAAGUGAUCUCGACGGGGAAAUUGGUCAACUGUACGACGAGCUUUCUCUCGGAGGCUGCUAUUAUGACAAGAAUGCGCCACGAGAACGUCGUUCAACUCUACGGUGUUGUGCUGGACACAAAACAAGUGAUGCUCGUGUCAGAGUUGGCCACUUGUGGAUCAUUGCUUGAAUGUCUUCACAAACCGGCUCUCCGUGACUCUUUUCCAGUCGAUGUGUUGUGCGAUUACGCAUUCCAAAUCGCGAGCGGAAUGGCCUACCUGGAGUCGCAACGGCUUAUUCACAGAGAUCUAGCCGCCCGGAAUGUUCUCGUUUUUGGCCCAAAGAAGGUGAAAAUCUCAGAUUUCGGACUCUCACGGUCUCUCGGAGUCGGAGAGGAUUACUAUCGGAGUGAAUUCUCGCCGACUUUAAAGUUGCCGAUCGCUUGGUGUGCUCCUGAAUGUAUCAAUUUCCUCAAGUUCACCUCAGCGUCCGACGUUUGGUCGUACGGAGUAACGAUUUGGGAGAUGUUCACAUACGGAAAAAUGCCAUGGCAAGGACUCAAUGGAGCUGAGAUUCUAAACGCAGUGGAUCGUCAGCAGAAACAUUUGGACCGUCCUUCCUGUUGUCCCGAUGAUAUGUGGGAUUUGAUGAAAGAUUGUUGGCAUCACACCCCGGAAAGAAGGCUCACUUUUAAGCAAAUUGUGGACGGUUUCCCGGAUCGAAUCCCGCAAAUGGUGAAAGCGAUUCGUGAUUGUCGAGAUCAAGCCGAUGAUCAUUUGCAGUUCAAAAAAGACGAUUUGAUCAUCGUUUUGUGUAGAAGACCAACCGCCUAUCCAGACGGCUUCUACUGGCUAGGUUCGAUGAAAAAUGGGAAAGUCGGACUCUUUCGGCCAAUUGAUACGGUGGCUCACCUUGGCGCUGAGUGCCCUGCUACUGUGAAAAUCUCAACCUCAGCACCACAAAAUGGAAAAGAGACAAAGGAUAAGAAAAAAGAAUGGAAAGAAAGCGAUCGAGAGUCGAAGAAAUUGCUCAUCUCGGAGCCACAAGGCGAUCUAAGGCACAUGUGUCAUGUGGGAAUUGAUGGAACAGCGAUUGGACUAUUACAGAUCGACAAGAAAGAUCUUGUCAAGGGUACGCCCGUCCAAUCGAACUCGAUCUCUCCCGGGACAACGAUCCGAUCGAUCACUCCAUCAACCACAAAUCAAACCGGUUCUGAAGGAUCUUCGUCGAUUGGAAGCCCGGCAACAGUAUCAAGAAAUGAUCGGGUCACGUUCAGAGAUCGCCAUACUGUAAUUUCUGCACCCGGCUCGCGCGCGCCAAGUCAACCGGGAAUGAUUGUGACGACAAGGGGAAGUGUUGAGCCAAGUGCACCACCGUUAUCGGUGCCCAACUCCUUGACUCGAACCGAAGUGGCGCAACUAAACGAGAAACUCCUCGACGAGUCGCUCUAUGUUUUGAAUGGAUCCAUAGACUCACUGACAAACUCGAUGCACCGAAGUAGUCACUCGGCGAACUUCGGCAGUGACGAGUUCUUACAACCGAGAAGAUCUCCAAACCGGCAACCACCCAUUUGCGCCGUUUACGCGAGAACCCCAGAAAAUGCCGCAGUGUCUCAUCCAUCAACAUCGGAUCGAAUCUUAAUGGAUGAAGUGGCCCAUUUGGAUCGUGAUUUGACCGAUUUCUCUCUGGCUUCACUCGGUGGAUCCGAUUACUCUGAUACAAGGCCUUUGAUUCCAGUUUCCCCCACACAAACCCUCGAGAUCAAAAGGAGUAGUGGAAGCGAUUUGGGGCACUCUUGCUCAUCCUCUCCACCAACUGUCCGUUUGAUGAGUGAAGAGGAAAUCGCUCGAUGGCACGAUAAAGAAAGUAAACAACACAAUAAGAUUGAUAAGAAAUUGGAGGAAACGAAUCGGAGAAGCAGCGCUGAACAAAAGGAUGUGCAAGGGACGGCGAAUGGAACCGCUAGUCGAUCAAAUCCACCCGAUUGGUCUCCCGAAGCGCAAGAGGCUUACAAGCUGCUCGUUGAAUGUGGCGAUACCCUACAAAAAGAAGCUAAAGCUGCCUCAAUAUCCCCACGAAAUCGCCCUUCAAGUGCCCCGAAUAGCUCCCGAAGCUCCACUGAUGAGCGUCCAAUCGCUAAAAUCAACGCAACUCGUGUCUCUUGUGAUUCAACCACCUCUACACUGAAUUCAGCUCAUGUGAAACAUGAGGGAUCAACUUUCAUUGCUCGACCAGCUUUACCUCCAAAGUCUUAUGUGAACACGGAAGCGAUCAAACCACCCGAGCUUCCACCAAAAAAGACCAACAAAGUCUCACCAGCAGCCGCUGCUGAUUCAGGAUACGAUAACUUGAAUGGAAUCAAUCAAUCUCAAGAGCUGAAGAACAACAACAACAAGUUACCACCGCCGGUUCCACCAAAACCGAAAACCCGAACGAAUCCCCCGUCAACAAGCUCAUCGAUUGAUCACACAAAAAAGGGUUUUGCACCGAUAAUUGCCCGUUCUUCGCUUUUCAAUGGGACAAAAAUUGAAGAAAUCAUCAAAUAC